UGAGACCGCGCUGUCUUCUGCGUGGGCUGCGGCCACCGGCGGGGAACGAGGUGCGAUGCGGGUUCCCUGCCAGCAGAGCCCGGUGCUGGCGGGCAGCGCCGCCCUGGCCGCCCUGGGGGCUUUGGUCCUGUACCUGGCGGAGCCCUCCGGCUACGGGAAGUACUCGGAGCGCGCAAUGCCCGCCGCUGCUCGCCUGCCAGCCCGCGCAGCCUGGUUCCUGCAGGAGUUGCCAUCCUUCGCCGUGCCUGCGGGGAUCCUCGCCCGGCAGCCGCGUGCUCUCUUCGGCCCUCCGGCCACCGUGCUUCUGGGCCUCUUCUGCGGACAUUACUUCUACAGGACAUUUGUUUACUCAUUGCGUACUAGAGGGAGGCCUUUUCCAGUUGUGUUCCUCGUCAAAGGCUUUGUUUUCUGCAUGGGAAAUGGACUUCUCCAAGGCUACUAUCUGAUUUACUGUGCUGAAUACCCUGCUGAUUGGUACACAGACAUACGGUUUAGCCUGGGUGUCUUCUUAUUUAUUUUGGGAAUGGGGAUCAACAUUCAUAGCGACUGUAUACUGCGCCAGCUCAGGAAGCCUGGAGAAGUCAUCUAUAGGAUUCCACAAGGUGGCUUGUUUACCUACGUUUCUGGAGCCAAUUUCCUUGGUGAGAUCAUUGAAUGGAUCGGCUAUGCCCUGGCCACGUGGUCGCUCCCAGCGCUUGCAUUUGCCUUUUUCUCAUUUUGUUUCCUUGGGCUGCGAGCUUUUCACCACCAUAGGUUCUACCUCAAGAUGUUUGAGGACUACCCCAAAUCUCGGAAAGCCCUCAUUCCAUUCAUCUUUUAAAGAAACCAAAUAAAAAGGAACAGAGCUCCCACAUGACUGUCGAGCACCAUCAGGCUGCUGAACCUGUAACUUUUAAAGCUGCACUGUGCAUAUACAUAAUAGUAGGCUUCUUGCGUUCCAACAGCUGUCCUGGAGAUCCUGUGAAGUGGGUACUUAGUGUGUACUCCACUGUCCCAGAGCGUCUCUUUCCUGAUCUCCUUUUGAAGCUUCGACAAGGCUCUUUCCCACACAGAGGCAUCUAUCUGCUUCUUAGCUAUUCCUCCUAGAAAGUAUAGAACUUCCCUAUAUUUUUUUCUUUGGGUGAUCUGAGUACGUGUGGCUGAAUACCUACUCUACAUCAAUGUAAGACAUCUCUGUAGUCAGAGAGGUUCCCAGUUGAGGGCAUUGCUUAUAGAUUUUAUUAAAGGUACAUAUUCUAUACGCAUAUAAAUUAGCAGAUAUUGUAAAUCUGAAGCUGCAUGGAUCCUGAGCAAAUCUACUCCCAAAUGGAAACUCAGUCACACUUUCCUUUUCCUUAGUUAAUUAUGAAAGAUGUGAGAUGGACUUUUAAUAGAGGAGGCUCUCUUCAUCUUGCUAAAGAUGCAACGAUGCACUGACCCCAUUUCAAACUUGUAUAUUAUCUCAGUGCCCCUAUCUUCUGAAAGAUUCCAUGAUCCCUGUUGGAGAUAUCCCCAAAACUGGUGUGGGUUUUAUUGAAGGACGGCUUUUCAUGACCACAAAGAGAAAGACAUGACUCUGGUUGGCUCCUGAGAGAAUUAAAAAAAAGUGUUUUAUAGUAGACAUGGUCAACUCUGGUAUUCUCUGAAACCUGUGGAAAUAUCCAAGUAAUGAGAGAAUGUUAAAGAAGGGAAUUGACUGGAUAAGAUCAUACAUGGCUUGCCUGAAGACAAUUGCAGUGACACUGAAGCAUAUCAGAAGCACUCAGCAGCUCUCCUCUUCUGGGAUUUCUUCACUGCAGUCCUCGGGAUCUGAUCAGGAAGGCAUUUCCUGGGGGUAGACUGAACAGCAGUCCUCAGAAUCCCUGAGGGCAGAUGCUGAACCUCUGCCUCUGAACCAGAGGGACGCAACUGGGCAGAAAGCCUGUUUUGUUUGGCUCAGACAGGGCUUCACACAUAGUUUGACUUCCUUUUUUUCAACAUUUGAAGUUUCCAAAAUUUCAAAGUUAGGUCUCUACAUUUCAAUUGUCUUUAAAAAGUUGGAGGAUCUGAGAUCAUGAAGCCCACUAAGAAUGGGGACUGAUCAGCUAGUAGGCAUUAGAAUUUGCAACCUCGGUGGAGGGGUCACCUAGCAUGGGAACUUGACAUCGGGCUCUCUAGGGAGGGGCUGAACAUUCAUAAUCAGAAUGUACAAAAAUAUUUGUCCCCUCAGGUCCAGGUUUGUGGCAAGUGUUGGUAAUAUUUAGCAAGCCCUUUUGAGAAAUGAACACUAGGUUUAUCACACGAGGUACUAAGUACAGAAAUUCGCUAUAUAAGAAACAUAGAAUGCUCAGAAGAUCUAAGAAUGAUAUAUAUUACUGAAGAAUAUAAAUUGUAAUCAUAUAAGUGUUUUUCUGUUUAUUAAAUGCCUCUCAAAUCAUGGAUGCUAAGUAAUUUUGUUUGAAUUUAAAGAUCCCUGGGCUCAUAAAGAUUUUUAUAAGGUGUUGA